UCAAAACAAUCGACAGCUCGAUGCAGUUUUACACAGAGCUGCAACACCUAGACCUGUCCCAGAACCGCUAGUCAAACAUACCGACGAAAAGUUUUGCGUAUCAACGGAAACUUCAAGAGCUCACCUUGGAUCAUAACAAAAUAUCAUCAGUCACCAAUAACUUUCAAGGCCUCAACUCGCUGACAGUUUUAAAUUUAAAACGAAAUUAUCUUGAAGAGUUGACGAACGGAGUAUUUACCACCUUACCAAGGUUGGAGGCUAAUUUAGGACAAAAUGGAAUUUCGAGGAUUGAUCCCAGAGCGUUCGCCGGCUUGUCUGCUUUGCAUCUAUACUUGGAUGAUAACCAGCUGAGUUCGAUACCGACGACAUCCUUCAGCCUCCUGGGCAGCCUCGCUGAGUUGCACGUAGGCUUGAAUGCGUUCUCCUUCCUACCGGACGACGCUUUCGCAGGUCUCAACAGACUGACGGUGUUAGAUCUCAACGGAGCAGGACUUUCCAACAUAAGUGAAUUUGCAUUCCGUGGUCUUCCAGGACUGAGAAGUCUCAAUCUAUUUGGAAAUAGACUAAUCACCGUCCCUACAAUGCAAUUAGCUGGUCUAACAAGAUUAGAGGAUUUGUAUAUCGGACAAAAUGAAUUCCUGACUCUUGAAAGUCAUUCGUUUAAGGGUUUGAAGAAUUUGAAGUUAUUGGAUAUCACCGGUGCGACACAAUUAGAACGAAUUGAAAAAGGAGCAUUUGAGGAUAAUAUCAACUUAGAAACAGUUAUUUUGGCGAAUAACAAGAAAUUGGCAACUCUAGAAGACUGCUCAUUAUUGGGAUUGCCGAAACUACGACACCUUUCCCUGAAAGAUAAUGCCAUUGUUACUUUAAGCGAAACGGUGUUCAUUGGAAAAGAACUUAAGCAAUUAGAUUUAACCAAUAAUCCAAUUUUCUGUGACUGCCAACUGCUAUGGCUGCACCAGUUGCUAAAUGAUAAGAGCAACUUUACUCAAAUACAUUGCGCAAGUCCUGAACACUUGAAAGACAAGCCUCUCAGAAACCUGAAUGCCGAUGACUUGGGCUGUGUGCUACAUGAUACGCGACAACAAACUAUAAUCUGCAUUAUAGUAGUCGCCUGUGUAGCCACUAUUGCCACUUUAGUAUUAAUUUUGUACAGAUAUCGUAAGAGCAUGCAAGAGAAGCUGAAAGACUACAAGUGGAACAAGGGACGAAAGAACCUUGAGUACCACAAGCCCAUUUCGACGGAGGAGGACUGCAUACUAGAGCUUUACGCCUCCCCGAGCGUGUUCUUCAUGUCAGGCGGCCAGGGCUCCGCGCGCCGGCCGCAGCGCUCGGGGGGCGGCGGCACGCUGCCCGCUAAUGGAUUCACGUACAUCGGCGGCGACACGCGUCCGCAUCAACCGCUCACGCUCAAUAAUGGCGCACCAGCACACCACCUCAACAACGGUUCCUUGCGAUCUCUGCCGGAUAAGAAGAACAAUCGCAAUGGCAUCGUGUGUCACCCGGAAAACUUCCAGAGGAACCUGGACACGCGUUACUCCAGAAAGCAGGAGAACGGCUACAUCCGUAACUCAGAAACCAUAAUCGGUUUCCCGCGCAACGACCGCGAGUACGAGCGCGAGCACGCGGAGUACAGCGAGCCCGAGUACUCCAUCAUCCCGGAGAGCGGCUACGGGCGCGCGCUCGAGGACUACCCGCGCUCCUGCACACACUCCAAUACGUUCAACUGUUGAGUGCGCACGUGAACUAUCUCAACCGUUUGUGAUCUUGUAAUUCUAGCAAUAAAUCUUCAUUCCAUUAAGUUUUCUAUGAACGGAGUAAGUCGUGACGGACGUAGUGCUCUAGAGCGGUUAGUGACAUUAGUAUUUCGGGUCCGGUGUACGUUCGACCAGUGAGGACUAUCCUGUAUCGUAUUCGUUUUAAAAGAGUACCUUAAUUGUAAAUUAUAAAUUUAAGUAGUGAUGGAUCUAUUUUUCAAUGGGACGUUUGGGGCUCGGGACGUUUGAAAGUGAGACUUUCACACGAGACAACGGUACAAUGUACAGACUAGUCGCAGCGCGG